AUACACACACAUACAGGUCUUUAAAUAAGAAAAACCACCCACUUCACGGUUCUCCUUCUUCUUCCUCUUCUUGUUCUUGUUCUUUGUUCUUGUUUGUGUUCUUUGUCGUGCACUUUCAUAAUAUAGAAGCUGUAUAAUCAUGUCCAUAGAGUUGGAUAGUAGAGCAGCUGGAAUGUCACGUGGAGGGUCGUCGAGUGCUUUGGCUUUGGAGGGUUUGAAUGAGUGCAGUCCAUGUUCUUCUUCUUCUUCAGCAUCACCAUCACCAUCACCAUCACCAUCUUCAUCAUCUUCGAUCGGGAGGAAUAGUGAUGUGUCAUCGGACGGUGAGGAUUGCGGAGAGAAUGAAGCACAGAGUUCUUAUAAAGGGCCUCUUGAUAUGAUGGAAGCCUUGGAAGAAGUCUUGCCUAUAAGGAGAGGGAUCUCAAAUUUCUACAAUGGUAAAUCAAAGUCGUUCACAAGUUUAACAGAGGCAUCCUCUUCAUCCAACAUUAAAGACAUUGCAAAAGCAGAAAAUGCCUACACCAGGAAACGCAGAAACCUUCUUGCCUUCAAUCAGGUGUGGGAAAAGAACCGAAAUUUCCCAUUGAAAAGUCAAGGGGGUGGGAUAUCAAAGAGACCACUCAGCUCAAGUCGAAGUACAUUGGCUUUUGCAGUUGCCAUGAGCAGCAGCAGCUCUGAAAGCAUCAGUAACUCAAGUGAUGAUUCGAUUUCAAGGUCUCCUCCUCUUCCAUCUUCACCUCUGCCGCCACGGCAUCCACAAAGUAAAUCAACUAAAAACAGCAUACUUUCAUCAUCUCCACCGCAACUAAAUUCAUCGGCUUGGCGUUCAUUCUCAAUGGUUGAUUUACAACAAUGUGCCACUUCUGCAACUACAACUACUUCCACUUAUCAAUUGUGAACUAAACCAGUCAUUCCAAACUAACUUGACUUGAAAAAAUCUCUUAUGCCAUUCUUAUACUAAUCUCAAUAGAGUUUAUAGUAGGGGAUGGUGUUCUCUGAUCUUUGUUGUCUUCUCCAUAUUUUCUUAUAAUAGUUUUAAACCUAUGGCAUGCGUUUUCUAACAUGGUAACAGAGUUAUGAGAGUUAUCCUCAUAUGUAACCUUCAUUAAUUAUGAGAGCUAACCCUCUUUGUGCC